UUCUCCAAGACUUCAAAUUUGGUGUAAUCGAGGGUCUACUCAGUCGAGGAUGAACUUCAAGAGAAAUUGAGUGUAUAGGGAAAUGCAAACACUCUGCCUCGGUGGAAGUUAAAAAGUUGUUUACCGUAGUAAUGGAUAGCUGGGUGACUUUCCAUUUUAGAACUCUACCCGUCUAGUCAAUAGGUGCAUUAUGCAAAACUGGAUACAUUGCAUCACUGUGAAGGACUUUAGACUGCGGUUUGCAAAAGCAGAAUAAAUUUUCUCGGAGUCUCACCGUUAUGUACACACACACACACACACACACACGCCCAUUGGCAGUGACGGCCACACCUCACAGCUCUGGGAGAGCCACAGACCUCAGCCGGACAAGCUGAGCCCAGACGAGAAGAACUUUCCGCGGGACUGGGGACGCACAACCCCCCUCCGCCCCCCGCACGCGGCUGUCGGCGAGCCUGAGCCCCCGGAGGGCGCGACGCCGGCAGGUCCGCGGUGCGCCCCCGCGUCAGGGCCUGGGCGGCGGCGGCGGCGGGAGGCUCCCGGGCUGCAGGGCCCGCUGCCAGUGCGCGCGCGCCAGCCGGCCGGGGCAGCCGCGUCCCCCGCCCGGCCCUCGCAGCCGGCCUCGGCGCCCUCGGGCCGCCAGUCUCCCGCCGCCCGCCGCGGCCCCGAACAUGGCUGCGCGCCGCGCCGCCACCCUCGCCUGCUCGCUGCUGCUCCUGUCCGCCGCUCUGCUCCGCCGCGGCUGCCGCGCGCGCUUUGCCGCCGAGCCCGACGCGGAGCACGAUGAAGAAGAGGCGGAGGUGUUCCCCGAGUCGCCGGUACAGAGACCCACGGUGCUCGUGGCCGUCCUCGCCCGCAACGCUGCGCACGCGCUGCCUCACUUCCUCGGCUGCCUGGAGCGGCUGGACUACCCCAAGAGCAGGAUGGCCAUCUGGGUGGCCACAGAUCACAACGUGGAUAAUACAACAGAAAUACUCAGGGAGUGGUUGAAAAAUGUACAGCGGUUCUAUCACUAUGUGGAGUGGAGGCCUAUGGAGGAACCAGAAUCUUACCCUGAUGAAAUUGGACCAAAGCAUUGGCCAGGCUCCCGGUUUGCCCAUGUGAUGAAACUGCGGCAGGCAGCCCUUCGAACUGCGAGGGAACAAUGGUCAGACUACAUUCUGUUCAUCGAUGUUGACAACUUCCUAACUAAUCCACAGACCCUCAAUCUAAUGAUUGCAGAAAACAAAACCAUUGUGGCACCCAUGCUGGAGUCUCGGGGUCUGUACUCUAAUUUCUGGUGCGGAAUCACACCUCAGGGCUUCUAUAAACGGACCCCAGACUACCUUCAGAUUAGAGAAUGGAAGAGGUUGGGCUGCUUCCCCGUCCCCAUGGUUCACUCCACGUUCCUAAUUGACCUCAGGAAGGAAGCCUCUGGCAAGCUGAUGUUCUAUCCCCCGCACCAGGACUACACCUGGACCUUUGAUGACAUCAUCGUCUUUGCCUUCUCCAGCAGGCAAGCAGGCAUCCAGAUGUACCUCUGCAACAGAGAACACUAUGGCUACCUGCCCAUCCCCUUGAAGUCCCAUCAGACCCUGCAGGAAGACAUAGAGAACCUCAUCCACGUCCAGAUAGAAGCAAUGAUUGACCGUCCUCCAAUGGAACCCUCCCAGUUUGUUUCCGUUGUCCCUAAAUAUCCAGACAAGAUGGGAUUUGAUGAGAUUUUCAUGAUCAACCUCAAGCGCAGAAAGGACAGACGGGACCGGAUGUUACGCACCCUGUAUGAGCAGGAAAUUGAGGUCAAGAUUGUCGAGGCUGUGGAUGGAAAGGCACUUAACACAAGCCAGUUGAAGGCCCUGAAUAUUGAAAUGCUGCCUGGAUAUCGAGAUCCCUAUUCUUCCAGGCCUCUAACCAGGGGUGAAAUCGGCUGCUUUCUUAGCCACUACUCUGUCUGGAAAGAGGUAAUUGACCGCGAGCUGGAAAAGACUCUUGUUAUUGAGGAUGACGUGCGCUUUGAACAUCAGUUUAAGAAGAAGCUGAUGAAGCUGAUGGAUGACAUCGACCAGGCUCAGCUGGACUGGGAACUGAUUUAUAUUGGUAGAAAGAGGAUGCAGGUGAAAGAGCCAGAGAAAGCAGUGCCCAACGUAGGAAAUCUGGUCGAAGCUGACUACUCCUAUUGGACACUGGGCUAUGUCAUCUCUCUGGAAGGAGCCCAGAAGCUCGUCGGAGCUGAUCCUUUUGGGAAGAUGCUGCCAGUAGAUGAGUUCCUGCCGAUCAUGUACAACAAGCACCCCGUAGCUGAGUACAAGGAGUACUAUGAAUCCAGGGACUUGAAAGCCUUCUCGGCAGAACCCUUGCUCAUCUACCCCACACACUACACGGGCCAGCCAGGCUACCUGAGUGACACGGAGACCUCGACCAUCUGGGACAAUGAGACAGUGGCCACGGACUGGGACAGGACACAUUCCUGGAAGUCCCGGAAGCAAGGCCACAUCCACCGCAAUGCCAAGAACACAGAGGCCCUGCCAUCGCCAACCUCCUUGGAUGCCAUGCCUUCGAGGGACGAGCUCUGAGGGCUCCACGGGGGAUUCACCAUCCUUGGUUCUUCUAAUGGGCUAUUCGUUUGCUCCAGUUUCUUUUAGUGGCCACAGUCAUCUAACCAAAGUGGUCUGAUGUAAUUGAGCAAAGUUAAUAUAUUCUUGACAGGGGAGGAUAAUAGGGAAACUUAACCCAAAUUUCCUAGGAUGGCUAGAAGAUAGGCUUUAUGGCAACCAUCGAGAUGAACUUCAAUGUAGACACCGAGCCCUUCAGCUUAUUAUCCAGAUGAUACUGCUUCCUACAUUAAGGAUCAACAGUAUGGCCCAGAGACUCAUCCAAGAGAAAGGUAAUCACAUCAGUAAGUGGGUGGGCAAGGUAGCCAAGCCACCUGACCACAUCUGUUGGUCUUGUGGGCCCAUUUUAUAUCACAGGUAUGACCUUGAGAACUUGUGUAUGUAAUUGGGGAGGGGGAUCAAAUAAUUUAAAAUCAAAGUUAUUGGGCUUUGGUUUAAAGGAAUUCUGUCAUAAGCCAAAGUGAGCUGUUCAUCUCAUUACCCAGUAGGGAUGGGUGGGUAUUUGGGUCUGUCUGAACUUGGCCUUGACUAUCAUGGCAGUUGAAGCUCUCAUACAGAGAUUUUGCCAUGUGGGUAUAGUUUAUUAGAUAUUUGAAAGUUUGUGUAGAUAUUUGAGAAAACAAGAACUCAGACUUUGGCCUUUUCUAUUGUGGUCACUUGAGUUAGGAUGCUCUAUUUAUGAAGAUAAAUUUAAUAUAUAAGGGGUUAGGGCUGGUGUCUAACUUCUGUCCCCAGGGUCCCUGUGCUGCCACGGCACGUCACACUCUCCCCUCCGCCCCCGAGCCUGGGAAUGAAUUGUGAGUGUAAGUUUUAUGAGUCACUGUUAAGAGGCAGAGCACAUUUUCAGGCCAGCAACUGUCCUUGCCUGAGUUUUUCAUUCUAUUUUGAGUUAUUUAUUCUACAAAAUGUGGGGGAAAUGUGUGUAGGAUAAGGCAGAGAAACAGAUUUUUCAAGCUCUCAGAGCACCCUAGGGAGCAGUGAGUGUGCGAUCUGGUUCUCCUGCAUUUCCCAGCCUGGUGUUUUCAAGGGAGGCCUGUUGAGUGGGAGAGUCUCAUCACCCGGAAACAAAUGCUUCUCCGUUUCAGAUGACAGACUUGGUCAGAAACAGUGGACUGAGCAACUGAUUUAGGCUAACCAUGAGGGAGGCUCUCGUAGUCAGCAUCCUGGGCAGAUGACCUCUCUGCCUCUCUUCACAGACUGAUUUUCUCUAAAGUGCAGUGUUGGGCUACAUCUUCCCUGCCAACUCCACAAUCUGUGUUCCUCAGAUUCUCAUGAUGGUUUGCCUCAGGUUUGCAUUUUUCCCCCUCAAGCAAUGAAACUUUGCCUCCAGAAAUACCCUCCCCACACCCUCCUUCCUGAGCUUCAUGCUUUGGAGCAGAGCCCAUGGGCAGGGCUGCUGCGUGAACCAAGCCUAGUGCUUCCUGGAGAGGGCCCCCAGGUUGCAGGACGAGGUAGCUUGUCUGCCAAAGAACACCAGCCUCAGCCUUCCUUCUUGACUUACUGCCCGUAUUCUUCCACACUGAUAGUAAGCAAGGAGGCUGAGGAAGGGGAUCUCAGCCGACUUCUAUCUUUACUGCUUUGACAUACCUGUCAGAGCCUGACUCUCUUUUUUUUUUUU